GUCAUUGUGUACUGAACUGCACUCAGGUCCAUCUCUGAGAAUAUACCAAACAAGAAAAAUGUACAUAAUUGUAUCUUACCCUCUGGGAUUGUACUUGCUUUGAUAUUUCAGCAUGGGGAAAAGUCUUCUAGCUGCAUAUGGACUAUGGGUGCUAGGGGGCCCAUUAGGACUCUAUCAUAUCUAUCUUGGACGAGACAGCCAUGCCUUGCUUUGGAUGCUCACUCUUGGAGGAUUUGGUACAGGUUGGAUGUGGGAUUUCUGGAAGAUUCCUGGACACGUAUACAAAUAUAAUCGUCAAGAGAAAAGAAAUAUUGAGGUGAAGGAAGGUGAACCAUCUGCUAGCCCCAUCCGUUUUAUGGGACAGGUGGCAACAGGUAUUUAUUUUGGAAUAGUGGCAACUAUUGGACUCUCUUUCCUUAGCAGUUUCUACAUGGUAGUGCUGCCACUGGCAGUUGCACUGGGAGUGCAUCUUGUGGCCACUGUUGGUGAACAAACGUCAGAUCUGAAAAGCACCCUUAUAGCAGCAUUCCUUACCUCCCCAAUCUUCUAUGGCCGUGCUGUCUCCAUGAUCCCAAUCAGCCUCACUGCAACCAUCACCUCCCAGCAACACAGAAAAUAUAGGCUGCAACAAGAGAAGCAAGAAAAACUUAGUCUCCGUCUCUAUCGUAUUGGUCUUGUCUAUUUGGCCUUUACUGGACCAUUAGCCUACAGUGCUUUGCUGAACACAAGCCGCACUGUGAGCUAUGUUGCUGGAAGCAUUGGAUCUAUGCUUGCGUGGCUUAGCAUCUUUCCUGGUAUCAGUGGACUAGUGGAGCGGCUGCUGCUUCUGCCUUAUAGGUUUUGGGCAAUGUUUUCUGGUGGAGGGGUAUUUCGCGAUCAAUACUUCAAGGAAUGGGAGAAAAUCUAUGAGUUUGUGGCCACAUUUCAAAAUGAGAAGGAAGAGUUGGCCUGCAAGAUAUUGGGAAUUGACUCCAAAUCUACAAUGGAAGAGAUCAGUCGAAAAUAUAGGGAGCUUGUGAAGAUAUGGCACCCGGAUCACAACCGGCACCGACUAGAAGAGGCUCAAGAACGUUUUCUUGAGAUCCAAGCAGCUUAUGAGACUCUCGUGCGCCUCAGGAGAAGCAAAGCAAUGUGAAGUAGUUUCAUUUUGAAAGUACAUAAACACGGCCAGAGUUAUUUAUAUGUGAUUUUUCUUCUCCAUGAACAUUGAUGUUUGCUGUGUGUGCACUUCAUGAUAACUAUUUUUGCUCACAUCAUCAUAUGUUUUGGUUAAUACAAUAAAUUGCCUUUGUUUCCACCAGUUGUGGUAUCAAUU